CAAAUUGUACACGAGAAUGAGUAUCGAGUUUGAAUUAUCAAAUAUUGGAAUGGAAAAUAUCGUUUGGUACGAAUGCUAAAUCUACAAAAGGUAAGAAAAACACUAACCACAUCCCAUGUUUUCCUCCAAAAGCCAAUUUCGGGUUGUAUUUGUUAUAUUAAAAAUAAGUAUAAUAGCUAUUUUCUAUCCAUCGCCUGUUUCGUUAUGCUUUGUUCCCGUACCAAAUAGCAUAGCUCUAUUGGAAUAUUGGAUAGACUUACUUACCUCUAGGCUUAACUCCGGAUCAUCCGGGCCCCUUCUAUUGAUAAAAUAAUCUUUAACUAGACUUUACUUAACUCUUCGUCAAAUUCAAGAUUACCAAGUCCCCUGCCCCUGAUAAUUCGAGGGCUAAGACUAAAAACAAAAGCCUUCAUAUAUGCAAUGACCUGCUCCUCCUAUACGUAUGCAUGUUCCCACCUGCUUUCUUUGUACACACCAUUGAUCCACCUAUAUAAAAACAAACUGUGUCAAACAUUUGAAAUGAUCACAUUAACUUCUUGAGCAACAUUUUCUGAUAACAAAAAAUGAUGACAGAUCAUCAGAGAAUUCACCCUGAUAAUGAAUUGGAGGCACAAACCAAACCAACAAUUCCUUUGUAUCCUCGAAACACUUCAAAAUCCGAUAGACGCGAUCCUUUGCAACACAAGUAUUUCAAUCCACCUCUUCCUAAACGCCCCUUUCCAGUGAGGCAUACCUAUGAUCCACCAAAGAAGAAAAGAAGAAGUUGCUGCUGCAGGUUCAUCUGUUGUACCAUCAGCAUAUUGCUGAUUCUUAUAAUUGCAAUUUCCAUCUCCGUUGGAACACUCUACCUUGCUUUUAGACCAAAGCUUCCUAAAUAUUCAGUUGACAGACUCAGAAUAACACAGUUCAAUCUUACUGAUAACAACAAUCUGUUUGUUACGUUCGAUGUGACAGUAACUGCUAGAAACCCGAAUAAGAAGAUUGGAAUAUACUAUGUAAAUGGAAGCCAUAUAAGUGCUUGGUAUAAAGAAACAGAACUGUGUGAAGGGUCUUUGCCGAUAUUCUAUCAGGGUCAUCGAAAUACAACCGUACUUAAUCUGCCUUUAACAGGUCAAACACAGGAUGCAACUGGUUUAGUAAAUACACUGCAGCAGCAGAUUGCAGAGGCAGGUAAUAUCCCCCUUGAUAUUAAGGUUAAUCAGAAUGUGAGAGUUAAGCUUGGUAAGUUGAAGAUCUUUAGAGUCAAAUUUCAUGUUAGGUGCAAACUUGUGGUGAAUAGCCUUGGUGCUGAUAAUGAUAUUAGCAUUUCAAAUAGUAGUUGUAAGUUCAGGCUUAAGCUAUAAAUUCAUUUGGGAUAUGGAUUGUGUAGCCACAUCCGGUUAGCCGGUUCAUGUGGCCGACUGCGUGCAGUCACAGGGUUGUGAUUACAAAUCCAUUUAUUUUUACCUAGUUAAUUAGUAGAAUAUGUGUCAUAGUUGUAAUAAUAUUAUAAUGAUUUGGAAUUUUAAUAACAAAGGGAUGGAGGAUUAGGUGUUCCAUCAGCCCUUUGAGAUAUAUACAGUUUGUCUUGUACUUUGAUUCUAUUCUUUGAGCUACUUCUCGCUCAAAUUAUGAUUAGCUAUGAUAUAUACUAUUUGUUCAA